GGAUGCUACAUGCGCAGGCCCGUUAUCAUCUCAUCGGAGCAUUCAUCUGAGGUCGCGUAAUGCAAACAACAAAACAAACACCCCCUAAAAUGCGGGAAUUUAAAAUGACUGGAUGAGCCGAGCAGUGUUUUAGGCGAUCGACGAUAGCUGAUUGAGAAAUGCACGUCCACCGCCCUGCAUACUUAAAUAUUAUUGUUACAGCGUAGGUAUUGUUGGGAGAGACCACUGGCAAACAGUAAACAGGGUGAAGGUAGGAUGGAUUUAGCCAUUACAUGUUCAGUAAAUUCACGCGAAUGUUUUAAAUCUGAAAUGUUCCCGAGUGGUUCAAGAUAAAUAUUGACCUUAUGGAUGUACUUGACAUGUUUACUCAUCUCCAGUCUAUUUUCUUCUUACCUAGCAUAGCUACAGAUGCCAAGAGCGUUAUAUCCCGUAUGUGAUCAUCUUUACACGAUUGUUUCUUUUCCCGCUGUCGCAAUCUAAAAUGCUACAAAGUUCAAAUAUUUUGGGGCAUGAAAGACCCCUGGUUAUUAGGGUAUCAUUCGCCACCUGUGUUCUGGCGACUGUGUGCCUACCCCUGCUCGGGCUCAUCACUUGUGUCUUCAUAUCCUCUGUUUUUCAUUUUGAAGAUGCCACUGGUACACACUGCCAGGUUCCUAAUUACCUGCCAUCUAUAAGUGCCUCUAUCAGCUUAAGUCCUGAGUGCCACAUUUGGCGAUUCUGCAUUGGACUACACUCAGCGCCAAGGUUACUGGUGGCUUUUACCUACUUCAAGUUUUACAAGGCUCGCUUUGCUACCAGGUUUCCAGAGAGUUUACUCAGCUGUUUAAACCUGGGCUUUUCUAUAUCUGAAAACCUUGGACUCUUGUUGCUCACAUACGUAUCAUCCACUGAAACUUACUUUGUGCAUAAGGAAGGUUUUGUCCUGUUCAUUGUAAGUUCUCUAAUCUACAUGUUGAUAACCUGCCGUUUAUGGAAAUCUAUUAAGAAAUAUUCCUUAAGUCCUGAGGAUGCCAAGUCUCACCACUGGAAAGUGCGUUUCUUACUUCUCAAUGUAUGUUUCUGUGCUUUUGCCGGAUUCUUUUACUGGAAACACAACAUGUACUGUGAAUCAGGGAGUUACACAUUCUUUGCCCUGUUUGAGUAUCUAGUUGUUUUCUCCAAUAUGGCCUUCCAUCUUACAGCCGUGUGGGACUUUAAGAGCCGGGAGGUCAUGCUCAUUUCAUCUUCAGAGGAUAAAGACUUCUGACUAGAAAGUCAAGGACUAGGUACUACAUGUACCACCCCCCAACCACCUGAUGAUAGCAGCCUUGAUCCUGCUGAAGCGGAAGAGUGGGAUGAAGGCCUUUUCCAUAUAUUUCCAUGAUGACCAGUCACAAAUCCUUAGUGAGUGAUGAUGUCUGACAAAUGAACAUAAGAUAUGCACAUGUGCUACUGUAGGGGUAUUAGGAUAACUUUAAGUGCAUUCUUUUGCCUCAGUGUCUCAUUCAUGGAUGCCUUCACCAACCUACAUGAUGUUAUGUAAUGUGACAUUUUAACUUUUAUACACUGCACAGCAAAUUUGUGGUCAUACUAGAAAUGUGCCAAAGUAAAGUGAU